AUGAAAUUACAACACAGUAUACCAGGACUGGAAUAUCAUGCAGAAGACACCAAACAUGACACUCCACCUAGUCACAGUAUAUCGACACGGGGUCGGACAUUGGCAUAUCAUGCUAAAGAUACCAAUCAUUACAUUCCACCUGGCCACAGUACGCUGACAAUGGGCCGGACACUGGAAUAUCAUGCUGAAGACACCAAUCAUAACACUCAGUCUCGUCACAGUUUACUGGCACCGGGCCAGACACCCAAAUACCAUGGUGAAGGCACCAAUCAUAUCAACCCACCUAGUCCCAGUAUACUGGCACCAGGCCAGACACCCAAAUACUAUGGUGAAGGCACCAAUCAUGUCAACCCACCUUGUCACAGUAUACUGGCACCAGGCCAGACACCCAUAUACCAUGGUGAAGGCACCAAUCAUAUCAACCCAACUAGUCACAGUAUACUGGCACCAGGCCAGACACCCAUAUACCAUGGUGAAGGCACCAAUCAUGUCAACCCACCUUGUCACAGUAUACUGGCACCAGGCCAGACACCCAUAUACCAUGGUGAAGGCACCAAUCAUAUCAACCCACCUAGUCACAGUAUACUGGCACCUGGCCAGACACCCAAAUACCAUGGUGAGGGCACCAAUCAUAUCAACCCACCUAGUCACAGUGCACUAACACCAGGCCAGGUACGGGAAUAUCAUGCUGAAGACACCGAGCAUAACACCCAAUUUAGUCACAGUAUACUGAUACCAGACCAGACCAUACACUGGAAUGCCAUGCAGUCAUAA